CCAAUCACAGACGCGCUUACUCGCGACGAGCCAGUAUCAACAUGGCGGCGCUCUGAGUUUUACAGGAAGCAACCUGGUGUAAAUAAAAGCUGAAUUUGACGGUUUGCCAGUAGCGACAGCGUCCGGGCGUCUUUGUUUAGGACCGGUCGGACCCGAAGGGGAAAAUGUCGGGUGACGGAAACAAAAAGCAGUUUUGGAAAAGGAAUGCGGCGAAGGUUCCCGGCAGCAUUCAGCAUGUGUAUGGCGCACAGCAUCCCCCCUUUGACCCACUUCUUCACGCUAAUUUGAUUAAAGCUGGCCAGAGACCAUCUCCCUCCACGCCGGGCAAGCCAAAGAAGGCCACUACGUUCCAGGAGUUUGAGAGCAUCACAAGCGACGCCUGGGAUGUCUGUGAUGACGACGACGAGCUGCUGGCCAUGGCCGCGCAGAACCUCAACAUCGAGGUUGUCAUGGAAACUGCCAAUAAGGUGAUUGCGAAUCACAGCAAGUUGCAGGAGAGACAAAAGCUGGACGACCCCCAGAGGGACGACGAUCUACAGGAGGAGACGGCGUACGACGAUGAGGAGGAUGAGGAAGACGAGGAGGGAGACUUGACCAGUCCGGAGGUUUCCUUCGCUUUCCCGGACAGCCUCGACACUGAAGGUCGCCUGGUAAAAUCCCACAGCGAAGCUCGCAUUGGAUCACCGAAAGAUGCAGCAGGUGAGCACGCAGCCCUGUACAGACAGCGCUCUCUGCCACACCGGCCCGUCAUCCCGCUCGUGGCGCGCAUGGCCGACCAGAACACAUCAGGCACUCCAGCCAUGACGGAAAGGGAAGCGUCACGUCUGGAUAAGUUCAAGCAGUUGUUGGCUGGCCCCAAUACAGAUCUCGAAGAGCUUCGGAAACUCAGCUGGUCUGGAAUCCCGCGCCAAGUCCGACCAAUCGCGUGGAAACUCCUUUCGGGUUACCUGCCUGCCAACGCUGAAAGGAGAGAGAAUGUCCUUCAGAGGAAGAGACAGGAAUAUUUUGGUUUCAUCCAGCAGUACUACGACUCCCGCAAUGACGAGCACCAUCAGGACACGUACAGACAGAUCCAAAUAGAUAUUCCUAGGAUGAGUCCAGAGUCUUUGGUGCUACAGCCAAAGGUGACAGAGAUUCACAUUGACAUACCAAGAACUAAUCCUCUUAUUCCUCUCUUUCAACAAGCUUCUGUCCAAGAGAUAUUCGAGCGGAUCCUUUUCAUUUGGGCCAUCCGCCACCCGGCCAGCGGCUACGUGCAAGGCAUCAACGACCUAGUCACGCCCUUUUUUGUGGUCUACGUCUUUGAGUACAUCGAGGAAGAAGUGGAAAACUUUGACGUGUCCAGUCUCCAGGAAGAGGCUCUGAGGAACAUUGAAGCUGACAGCUUCUGGUGCAUGAGCAAACUGCUGGACGGCAUCCAGGACAACUACACGUUUGCACAACCGGGCAUCCAGAGGAAGGUCAAGGCCCUGGAGGAGCUGGUCAGCAGGAUUGAUGAGUCGGUGCAUCAUCACAUGCAGCAUUACGAGGUGGAGUACUUGCAGUUUGCCUUCCGCUGGAUGAACAACCUUUUGAUGCGGGAGCUGCCGCUACGAUGCACCAUCCGACUGUGGGACACCUACCAGGCUGAACCGGAGGGUUUCUCCCAUUUCCAUCUCUACGUCUGCGCAGCUUUCCUGGUGAGGUGGCGGAAAGAGAUUUUAGAGGAGCGAGACUUUCAGGGCCUAAUGAUUCUCCUGCAGAACCUUCCCACCAUGCACUGGGGCAACGAGGAAGUCAGCGUGCUGCUGGCCGAGGCCUACCGGUUGAAGUUCGCCUUUGCUGACGCACCCAACCACUAUAAGAGAUGAUGACCUGAAGAUUCUUCAGUGGAAGGACCACAUUGCCCUAAAGGAGAUUUGAAAAACUGAGCGGAUGUAGCACUGAACCUUUUUUUAUUUGACUCAAAGAAUUCGCAUUCUACUCAUGGGGAGACAUUCGGGAGAACUUUUUUUUUUUGCUGACCUUUUUUGACUGUUGUGUCAAGUCAACAGAAGACGGCGAAAAGGGCAAAGUGUGCAAGAAAUCUCCCCCCCGUUCCAUCCAGACCAUUGAGUCCAGAGAGCUUCGCCAAUAUUGAGAAAAGGUACCGUGAGAAACAAAAAUGUUUGACGUGAAACUCUUUUGUAGGGUGAAUGCUCUUCAAAGCGGACUUAAAACAAUGCUCUUAUUUUUCUGGAAGGCAAACGCAAUUGAAAUUGGAUGUUCUCCUCAUGUCAUAUCCUUUAUUUUGUUUACAUUAUUAUUUUGAUACUGAUACAUUAGGUACACUCGAGCCUUGUUUGAAAAGGAUGGGGGGGCGGGGCUUAUCAACAUGUCGCUUUUGUUGCCUUAUUCCACACUGCAAACUGAAAGAUGAACAUUUUGUUGAAACUUGUGGGGGGGAAAUAAAAUCUGGCUUUGAUUUUUUUACAUACUGUAAAUGUUCCUCUUUCAGUUCUAUGGAUUUAGUGUUAAUUUAAUGCCAGUGUGCUCCCCCAAGCUUCCCCGCAGUGAGGAAAUGGCUGCAGCCCUCUUCAGCCUACAACAAAUACACUGAACUUCAAACCAUCGUUGAAGAAUCUCCUGCAAUGACAUCCCCCAUAGUAGGUCUUGCUCCUCUCAGUUGAACAAAAAUAAAGAAAAAAAAAUCCCUCACAUUUGCUCACAGAAGGGUUCCCGAAUGGACAAAAAUGUACAGAAAUUUUUGAAAUGAAGAAAAGUGUAAAUAGAAAAUGUAAAUAAAUCAUCUAUAUGAUAACCUGUCA